AUUUAGCAAAUUUUUUUGGUGACUUUUUUGUUUUUGGUGACUUAAUUUAGCAAAUUUGUUUACUCCGUCAGUCCGUUGCAUACGCUGAAAGUUGAAACAAAAUAAGUCUAGGAUCACCAUACCACCGCCGCUCAUCUCUUUACCAGCUCAUCACGUCGUGCCGCUCUACUGCCCUUCUUAUUCCACCAACACCGUCGCUGCCGCCGCCAGAGAGAGUCUCACAACUACCGUCGCUGUUCGCAAUUGAUCACUCUCCUUCACGGACCGAGAAAGACACUGCCUAGGUAUCUGAGAGUAGAUAAAAUCAUGGUGAUGGUACCCUUCUCUAAAGAAGGGAAGUGAUUCAAAGAAGAAGGGAGCAUUUUGGUGAAGCCGGAUCGAUGUAUCAAUGGAGGAAGUUUGAGUUCUUCGAGGAGAAGUAUGCGGCGAAAUGCGUGGUUCCGGAUGGCGAGGAAGACGAUGAUCUCGCCACGAAGAAGAUCACUUGCUGUUCCAGUGGCAGGGGAAAGGUGGUGACUGGUUUUGAUGAUGGUAACGUUUGCUUGUUUGAUCGAGGUCUCAAGUUCAAUUACGCCUUCAAGCCUCACGCUUCCAGUGUCCUCUUUCUUCAACAGCUCAAGCAACGCAACUUCUUAGUAACUAUUGGGGAAGAUGAACAACUUUCUCCCCAGCAAUCACCUUUGUGCCUGAAGGUUUUUGACCUUGAUAAGAUGCAACCAGAGAGUUCAAGCAUGACGAGUCCUGAUUGUGUUGGGAUAUUGCGUAUAUUCACCAAUCAGUUUCCUGAGGCACAGAUUACUUCUUUUUUAGUCUUAGAAGAAGUGCCUCCUAUACUACUCAUAGCUAUUGGCUUAGACAAUGGUUCUAUUUACUGCAUCAAAGGAGAUAUUGCAAGGGAACGUAUCAGCCGAUUCAAGCUUCAGGUGGAAAGCCAUUCAGACAAAACCCUGUCCUCCAUAAAUGGUCUUGGAUUUAGGGUAGAUGGUCGAUCUCUACAACUGUUUGCUGUAACUCCAAGUUCAGUGAGCUUGUUCUCAUUGCAUGAUCAACCACCAAGAAGGCAAACCCUUGAUCAGAUUGGAUGUGAUGGACAUAGUGUUGCAAUGAGUGACCGCUCUGAGCUGAUGAUUGGGCGACCUGAGGCAGUAUAUUUUUAUGAAGUUGAUGGGCGUGGUCCGUGUUGGGCCUUUGAGGGAGAGAAGAAAUUGCUAGGAUGGUUUCGAGGGUACCUUUUGUGUGUCAUUGCUGAUCAAAGAACACGAAAGCACACUUUCAACAUUUAUGACCUGAAGAAUCGUUUAAUAGCCCAUAGUGCGUCGGUUAAAGAGGUUUCUCACAUGCUGUAUGAAUGGGGUAACAUCAUACUUAUAAUGAGUGACAAGUCAGCUUUAUGUAUAGGGGAAAAAGACAUGGAAAGCAAGUUAGACAUGUUAUUUAAGAAGAACCUAUAUACCGUAGCAAUUAAUCUUGUUCAAACUCAGCAAGCUGAUGCUGCUGCCACAGCUGAGGUGCUAAGAAAAUAUGGAGAUCAUCUGUAUAGCAAGCAAGACUAUGAUGAGGCAAUGGCUCAAUACAUUCAUACUAUUGGUCACCUUGAACCUUCUUAUGUCAUACAGAAGUUUUUGGAUGCUCAAAGAAUCUACAACCUGACAAAUUAUUUGGAAAAACUACAUGAGAAGGGUCUUGCUUCUAAAGAUCACACCACACUUCUAUUGAACUGUUACACCAAACUUAAGGAUGUUGAAAAGCUAAAUCUGUUUAUUAAAAGUGAUGACAGUGUUGGGGAACUUAAGUUUGAUGUGGAGACAGCAAUCAGGGUUUGUCGUGCUGCCAAUUAUCAUGAGCAUGCAAUGUAUGUUGCAAAGAAAGCGGGGAGACAUGAGUGGUACUUGAAAAUUUUGCUUGAAGAUCUUGAUAGAUAUGAAGAGGCUUUGGAAUAUAUUUCAAGUCUUGAAGCAAGUCAAGCAGGGAUGACAAUAAAGGAGUAUGGUAAAAUUCUAAUAGAGCACAAACCAAUGGAGACAAUAGAGAUUCUCAUAAGGCUCUGUACAGAGGAUGGAGACAAAAGAGGAGACUCAAAUGGUCUCUAUGUAUCUAUGUUGCCAUCUCCGGUUGAUUUUCUCAGCAUCUUCAUUCAUCAUCCUCAGUCCCUUAUGGAAUUUCUCGAGAAAUAUACCAAUAAGAUCAAGGAUUCACCUGCUCAAGUGGAGAUUCACAAUACCCUCUUAGAAUUGUAUAUAGCCAAUGAGUUGAACUUUCCUUCAAUGUCACAAGUUAAUGGGGGAGGAGAUUACCUUAAUGGAGCAUCGGCAAAAGCUGCGACUUUAAAUGCCGAAUCCAAUGGAACCACUGCUGGUAAAAAAGGUUCAAAGGAGGAGAAGGACCGUCUUGUAAGGCGUGAGAAGGGUCUACGCUUACUUAAGAGUGCAUGGCCUGCAGAAGCAGAACAUCCACUUUAUGAUGUUGAUUUAGCAAUUAUAUUAUGUGAAAUGAAUGCAUUCAAAGACGGACUUCUAUAUUUGUAUGAAAAGAUGAAACUUUAUAAAGAAGUGAUUGCUUGCUAUAUGCAGGCGCAUGAUCAUGAGGGGUUAAUUGCAUGCUGCAAAAAGCUGGGGGAUUCAGUUAAAGGAGGGGAUCCAACUCUUUGGGCAGAUUUACUUAAAUAUUUUGGUGAGCUCGGAGAAGAUUGCUCCAAAGAAGUAAAAGAAGUUUUGACCUAUAUUGAGAGGGAUGAUAUUUUGCCCCCCAUAAUUGUCCUUCAAACUCUUUCAAGAAAUCCAUGCCUCACACUUUCUGUAAUCAAAGACUACAUUGCUCGAAAGCUUGAGCAGGAAUCAAAGAUGAUUGAGGAGGAUCGACAAGCUAUUGAGAAAUAUCAGGAAGAUACACUGGCAAUGAGAAAAGAGAUUCAGGAUCUUCGGACAAAUGCUCGAAUUUUCCAGCUUAGCAAGUGCACUGCAUGCACUUUUACCCUUGAUCUCCCUGCUGUGCACUUCAUGUGCAUGCACUCAUUUCAUCUGCGCUGCCUCGGUGACAACGAAAAAGAAUGCCCUGAGUGUGCUCCUGAAUACAGAUCUGUCUUAGAAAUGAAAAGAAAUCUGGAGCAAAAUUCUAAGGACCAGGAUAGGUUUUUCCAUCAAAUCAAGAACUCCAAAGAUGGGUUUUCUGUCAUUGCCGAAUAUUUCGGGAAAGGGAUCAUCAGCAAAACAAGUAAUGGAUCCACUUCUGAUCUCAGAGCUGCAGCUUCUUCAUCCAAUAGUGGCUUCUGAAGUUGACAAUUUUUGCCUUCUCAACUUCAUCAUUUCUCUAUUUUGCUGGCUGUUAAGAUUUGAUUUCCCUUUUGUGAGAAAAUUUGAAGCUGCUUGUUUGGGUACUUGACAGCCUCUCCUUGGUGGAAAUUUAAGAGAAAUAAUUAGGGCAAUCUGAGGUUUCCUAGGUGUGCAUUCAAGUAUUUAUUUUCCUUUUUUGUGUGUAAAAAUACGAGGGAUUUAUAAUAACGAAGAUGAGAUUUAUCCAAUACAUACAAAUAUUAAAUCCCAUGAGAAAUAGUGGCACUUUGAAUUCUGAUCGGUUUUAGUGUGGGUUUGAUUCACAAUUUUUAUUUUCUUGCUUUGAAUAAAUGUACCAUGAUUUAGUUUCUAUGUACAAGAUAAAUUUGUAUUUGCUGUCUGUUCAAAUUUGCCAGAAUUUUAUUUUUAAA